AUGGUUGGUCGUCAGGGCGAGGCGGGAAAGUCACCCGGUGGCGGCUCCUCUUCAGAGACACCGUCACCGGCAACCUCCGGCAAGGUGACCAGUCGCGCGAGCCCCGCAGGUGGGCGAGCUGACGGCGAUGGUAUCGUGCAUAUGUCUUGUGGAGCGCAAGACCACUUUCCAAACGUAAUGAACGGGCGUACUGGCAGUGCGUGCCGUCCCCGGCACUCUCACCUUGAAAAGUCCGUCGCGGCGGAUGCGUCCUCCCAGGCGGAAUUGCCCCGUGGGGCGUUUAAUCCGCGCUCUGUGAGUGGCGGCGCGUCGAAGAUUGGCCGUCAGCGAACUCGCCGGCGAAGCAAGAAAGACAAAGCAGAGACAAGGUCGGAGGGACGUGAGCAUGGUUCGGCCGCGGCGACUGUGGACGAGAAGAACGAGCAAACUGACUCCGAUCCAACAGGCGAAGUGCAACGCCCUGCGAGUAGCCGAGACGGACCGAGCUCGCAUGAGGAGGCCGGCCCUUCAGGAAAGACGGACUUUUUAAGCGAAGCUUCAACGGUUCGGGUCCGUGAAGAGAAGGAAGCAGGCGGUCACAUACGAGCAGGAGCCCGUCCAAAGGCAAGCACGUGCCAUGCAGAAACUGUGACCGAGUUUGGUGACAAAAACAAGCGAGUGGCAGCGACAGCAUCCGCCGAAGAGGAGAGGAAGGGCGCGAAAACGGUGCUUCUUCACGGGAAAGCUGUGGAAUCCAGCCUGGGACACUCAGAGGCGCCUGUCAUUCGCGUGCUGCGCGAGGCAGGUGUCUCGGCUGCCACGCAAACGGGCGGGAGAGGUGACAGCGAGGCCGACGGAGAUGCUCAGCCGUCGAGUAGCGGCGAAGUUGAUCCAAGGGCCACAGACCUAGACGAAAGUGAUGGAGACAGACCUCCCGCUUCCAGCUCUGAACGGCGAGACAGCGGCGACAGCGUCGCGGGCCCUCCUGUUCGCCUCGUGAGAGCGUACUCCCAGUACUACAAAACGAAAAUGUGUGCGUAUGUCGUCCAAGGGAGGGCCUGUGCCCGCGAUAGCAAGUGCGUCUACGCACAUAGUGAAAGCGAGCUGAGGGAGCCGCCCAAUUUGGAGAAGACGCGCUUGUGCCCGGUGUUCAAGCAGACAGGCGCCUGCCCCAACAAAGACUCCUGUGCCUAUGCACACAGCGCUGUUGAACUCCGUCAUACAGUUACUGUUUUCAAAACAAAAAUCUGCCAUAUGUGGAACAAAGGAAAGUGCGGAGCCGGUCCAGCGUGUCGCCACGCUCAUGGCUUGGAGGAGUUGAAGCGGCACCGUCAGCGCAGUCAGCAGGAACUUGUGGCGCUGUCACGAGGCUCGCAGUUGCAGGUCAACUUGAAUGGCGCAGCUGGGUUGCAGAGGAGCUGUCAGCAAAGUGAAGAAGGAGCGUCGCCGGUGAAUGGAGGGAAAGGUAACGCUUCUUCGUCAACAGGAGAGAGCGGCGACGCCCACAAAACAAAGGAAGCCAGUGGGAAGCGGGCGAAGGAGGACGAGAAUACCGAGGCGGAGUCGAAAUGGGACGGAGCCGCUCCUAGUGGUCCUUCGGCGACUGCGAAAGGUCUCGCCGAGAAGAAGCCGCAAGCGUCGGACCGUGCGGCACUGACUAGAGAGCGACGGGUUCCGGUAACUCGUCGACCAGCGGCAGGAACGGAGGGCGCUGGACAGCAUGUGCGUGCCGUGGCACCAGGGCCAGAGCAGAGCUUCGGUGUCUCUGGUCCGCAGCGAAAAGGCCGAGCAGAAGACAGAAAAGCGCAGGUGGCCCUUGCCGCCCUAGGAAUGUCAAGCUCGCAGCGAGUCCGAGAUGGCUUUUCUCAGUCGCAUAGUCAUACUCGCGUGCAGCCAAGUCGCCAGCACGGUGACAGUUUGCGAGGUUAUGUUUCAGACCGGGAGAUAACAGCGUAUCGCUCUUCGCGCGACUUGGGUCUGGUGGCGCCUCACAACGGCCGAGCGCGAGACGCGAGUGGCGCCGCCGGUGCAGAUCCAUUUGAUUCCUCGGGACGAGAAAGGGAUGCCGUGGAGAGUCGCGGAGGACAACCCACUCUGAAUCCUUUGGCUCAAGUGUUAGCAUCAGAUCUCCGCCUUCCAUGGAUUCAGCCGCCCCCUGAGAGGAGUCGCCCGCCCAUGCAGAGACCCGAACAGGUGACGCGGCAGGUUCCAGCUUGCGUCCCCUGGAGUGUGAGCGGCGGAGGAAACGACGGGUGGAGAGACACGGCAGAACAAGUGCCAGCGGCCCUAACGCAGUAUCUGUCGGCCUUGUUGGCAUUGCAGAAUGCGGACUUUUCAAGUCAGGAAGGACAGAACUUACUGAGUGUGUCGGAACCAUAUGCAGUGAGUGGCAUGCGGGGGCGCGUGCCGUCGAUGUCGCACAACCAGACUGUAGCUCCGGUCUCGCGGACAGGCUCGGGUGGUGCCCAGUUUCAACUAUCCGCUUCCCGAGGAUUGCAACAGCGUCCGUCAAAUUUUGGAGACCCGUUGGAGUCUGUAAGCCGGAACGUCCAAGGGCUUCCCUCUAGCGUUGCCCAGCAGCGGCGGGCGCAACAGGGCGCGCUGCUUCAGUUGUUGCUGGGGUGCAGAGCAGGGGACUUCGCUGGAGGGUCAACACAGAGGAUGGCUUCCGUCGAUGAGUCGCCGACAGAGCGGUUGCAUCAUGGGCCGCUGUAUCGCGAGACACCGACUCCGCGAACAGCUCGGGGUUUCAGCGAGUCACGGUCACCCAGAACUUGGACACCGGUGCCGACUGCAGCAGGACUCGAUUCGGUGCACCUUAGCUCGGCACUUGCUUCAGGAAGGACUACGCGGACGUCCUCGGUACCAUCAUUUGCAGUUUCGAGUUCGACGGCUGUGGGCCUUUUGGAGUUGCUUGCUAGGCCAGAACCUGGAGGCUCAGUGCAGUCUGCGCUGGAACCGCGUUCUCAGGACAGUGGGGCGUCAUUCCCGCUGGCGGAUGGAGGGUUUUUGGGACUGGCGACUGACGGGGCCGCAGCGGUCCUCGACGCCGCUUCGGCGAGAGACGAUGGUGGGGAGCACGCCGGUACGAGUCCGCGGCGGCUGUUGCUCAUGAAAGGCGACAGCCAUUUGCAGGACUCUGUGCAAUAUUUCCUCUCCACUGUCGCUCCGAUGAGUUCCGGACGAACCACACCCGGCAGUAGCUUGCAAGAAAAUCCCCUGCAGGCGCCGCUGCCUGCAGAGGUGGCUCCUGGGUCGCAGCAGGGUCUUCCAGCAAUGCCGCCCUCAACCACUGCACCUACAGAUGGCAGAUUUUGCCGUGGUUCAGCCCCGCCAGUGGGGGCCUAUUUUCCACAACCUGCCUCUGUCGGUGGGCGUCGACCUGUGCCCGAACCGAGUACGCUGCCCACUGUAGUCGCUUCGGUGCCGUUUACCGCCCUUCCUGAGGGAAGUGGUGAGAGCAGAACAGACACCCCGGAGACUCCCUGGGUUGGUAAAGGGAACUGGUGCUAA